GGGAGCGGCGGCGGCACUGCAGGGCUGCGCCGCAGGGGGAGGCGCCGCCCGCGCCCCGCACCUCUGGAGGGGGGGACAGAUUAGCUAGAGGGCUGCUUAAUUGCCGUUCACCUGGUCUUGCUGCCCGUGCAGCUAGGACAGGAUGGCGACGUAAUUUUUUUCUUAGAUAACUGUACAUCCUUCUUUCACUUUCAGCCAACACUAACUGUAGCCUAAAAGGGAGGAAAACUCAAAUCACUUGUGGUGUGCUGGAAGAAAUAUUAUCUGCACAUACGAUAAUCAUGGCCUCUGCUUUCUUUAUUAGGUUUAAAAGCAAAGGCAUAGUUGUAAAUGGAGAUCAUUAGGCUGGUGGUUUGUCUUCCGUUCAGUUAGAUCAGUUGACUUGUAUUAGUGGUAGAAAAACAAAUUAUUGGCAUGUUAUUUCAGCACAUGUUCUGUAAGAAUAGGUCACAAACAGUAUUUUUUUUCUUUGAAAAUAAUUUUUAAAUUUCUGAAAACUUAUAUCAACGGUGUGGAGGAAUUCAACUGAAAACUGCUUUUUAUGAACCAUAACUUAAAAGGGUCAAGAUGGAUAGCACAGAUGAACCUCAGAAAAAAGUCUUUAAAGCACGAAAAACAAUGAGAGUAAGUGAUCGACAACAACUCGAAGCUGUCUAUAAGGUUAAAGAGGAGCUGUUGAAGACAACUGAAGUGAAACUGUUAAAUGGAAAACAUGAGAAUGGAGAUUCUGAUUUAAAUUCCCCUUUAAGCAAUUCAGACUGUAUGGAGGACAAGAAGGAAGUUAAUGGCAUAGUUGACUUGUGUGUUAACUCUGAAGAAGAAAGAACAGCUUCUGAUGAAAUUAGUGAGGCCAAAAGCCCUGAAAGUAGGACAGGAAACACAGUCAGUGACAUAGAAUCCAAACCUCUAACGCUGUCUCCAGAAAAUACUACUCCUGAGCAAGAUAAAGAUACUAUUACUGCAGUAGCUUGUGAGGCAGAAAAUGGAGAGCUUGGUAGCAAUAAAGACAACUUCCAUGAACAAAAUAAUACAAAAGAUCAUUUGGACCAAAGAAAGAGUGACAUCCCAUUGGAAGCUGAAAGUAAAUCAGUCGAUGAUAUUACUGACUCUUCUGAAGAAAAGGGAGAAACAAAUAAUAUAACUGUUAAUUCCAGUUCAUCUAGUGGGGAAAAGAGGACUGAAGUAGUUACUAUUGAAGAGGCUGUUGGAGAAGCAGCCAUCUCUAGCAGUAUGGAAGCUGACCAGGAAAAACAAGAGGGCAGUGCAGGUCUUUCAGAAACCGCUGUUCCGAAGACAUUAGAUGAGCCAAGUCAAAGUAUCUUGGACAAUACUGACUCUAUGGAAACAGAUGAAAUUAUUCCAAUUUUGGAAAAACUAGCCCCUGCUGAAGAUGAUCUGAGCUGUUUUUCUAAAAGUUCUCUGCUUCCAGUGGAUGACACAGCCCCAGAUUUAGAAGAGAAAAUAGACAACUGUUUGGGUUCACCAUCCAAGCAGGAAAGCAAUGAAAGUCUGCCAAAAGAGGCUUUCUUAGUACUGUCUGAUGAAGAGGAUCCCUGUGAUGAGAAAGAGGAACGGGUUGAAGGGGUAGUAUCAAACAAGUCAAGUCUUCCAGAAGAGGUGAAGGAGGAGAGAAGAAAGGAGAGUGAGGAGAAUAAAGAAGGAGAAGAGGCCCACAAAGAAGAGAAACAACCAGAGAAAAGUGAAGCAUUAAAGAGAAAGCGUUCCAAAUCUGACGACAUGGAUGAUGUUAAUUUUAAACAUCGUCGGUACAUGGAAGAAGAUUAUGAGGCAGAACUCCAAGUGAAAAUUACAGCCAGAAAGGAUGUUGACCAAAAAUUACAAAAGGUUAUCCAGAGACUAUUAGAAGAAAAACUUAGCACUUUACAGUGUGUGAUAUUUGACAAGACUCUGGCAGACUUGAAAACCCGAAUAGAGAAAGCUGAAUGUACAAAGAGGCAUAAAACUGCGUUUACUGAACUGCAGGCUAAAAUUGCUAGAUUGACAAAGCGGUUUGGAGCAGCCAAGGAGGACUGGAAGAAGAGACAGGAAAAUUCAGCAAAUGCACCUGCAUCUCCAGGGAAAGCAGCAGCUGACACUGCAAAUACAAACAAUGCGACGUAUCGAAAUGCUGGCACAGUGAGGCAGAUGCUUGAGUCAAAGAGGAACGUAGGAGAGAGCACACCAGCAACUUUUCAAGCACCUGUGAGUGCAGUGCCAGCUUCCAGUCUUGCUCCUUAUCCAGCAGUUGUCAGUGGACAUCCUAAGCUUCAAACUCCAGUGACCUCCAGCAGCUCUUUGACGACAGCAGUUCUUCCCACAGCUAACACAGCUACAGUUGUAGGCACUAACCAGGUGCCCGCUGGAAGCACUCAGUCAGUGGCUGUCUCAUUGCAGUCUUUGCCCGUAAUCUUGCAUGUCCCUGUUGCAGUGUCAUCCCAGCCUCCACUUCUGCAAGGCCACACAGGGACUUUGGUCUCUAACCAGCAGUCAGGCAAUGUUGAAUUUAUAUCUGUACAAAACUCAUCUACAGUUGGUAGCCUUACCAAAACUACAGUGUCUUUGGCAUCAACUAACACAACUAAACCAAAUAGCAUUCCACCUGUGCCCAGUCCUGGUAUUCAAAGGAACUCUACGACCAGUGCUGGGUCAAUAGGCACAACGUUGGCAGUACAGGCUGUUUCUACUGCACAUCCUGUUGCCCAGACCACAAGGACUUCUUUGCCCACAGUGGGUACUUCAGGACUUUAUACUGCUACCAGCAGUCGAGCGCCCCUCCAGAUGAAGAUUCCUGUCUCUGCAUUUAAUAAUACAGCGCCUACUGAACCACCCACCGUUGCAGCACCCAAGACUGACAGCCAGACAAGCAGGCCACCAACAGAUACUUCGGCAAACAAGCGAACUGCUGAGGGAACAACACAGUUGAAACAGGAAGAGACUUCAUCAGAAAAUAAAGAAGCAGUAGAAGCAGCACAGACGAAUUUUAACUUCCCUGAGGAUGUCCUCUUUGGCUUGGAGGAAGAGGAAGAGGAUGCUAAGAGCAUCAAAAACACCCACAAGCAGACUGGCUGGGCAGCUAACCUAUUAAAACAGUGGCUGGCCAAAAAUGGCAAGGAUCCUAGCUUUGAAUUGGUCCCAGUAAGUGAACUUAAUGAUAUCUUAAGAGAGUUUUAUUACACAAUAAGAAAUCAUGAUGGAAAUACCUACAGUGUGGCAAGCUACAAGUCAAUGCGGGCCGGCUUAAACCGGCAUCUCAAAAUGCCACCUUAUAAUCGUCAGAUUUGCUUAAUGAAGGACAAAGAGUUUGCUAGUGCAAACAUGGUGUUUGUGAGCGUGCUGAAGAUGCUGCGCAUGCAGGGGAAGGAUGAGACUCACCACCAUCCUCCUAUAGCUGCUGAGGACUUGCGUAAGAUUAAACAAUCCGGUGUGCUGGGUUUGCACAGUCCACUGGCACUCGUCAACAAGGUGUGGUUUGAUUUGCAGUUGCAUUUUGCCAAGAGAGGGAGGGAAAUUUUGAGAGAUCUGGCUCCGGAUGCAUUUGUUGUUGAGAAGGACAAGAAUGGGCGUCGCUAUGCUAUGUUUAGGUAUCCCGGCAAAGGAAAAAAUGGAGAAGAUCCUCAUAAAAUGGGUAAAAUGUAUGAUAUGCCAGGUGACCCAAACUGUCCUGUUUUUUCAUUGGAACUUUAUUUGUCCAAGCUGCCUCCAGAACCCCCUGCCUUUUAUCUGCACCCCUUAAAGCUAACAUCAGAGCAAAUGCAAGAGCAGCCUGUCUGGUACAAAAGAGAACCAAUGGGUGUGAACUACCUGGGUACCAUGAUGCCCAGGAUAAGUAUGGCAGCCCGGCUCUCUCAGCGGUACACCAAUCAUUCUCUCCGAACUACCACCAUUCAGCUACUCUGUGAAGCAGGACUGGGGCCUAGAGAAAUAAUGGCAGUGACAGGCCAUCGCUCCGAGUCUGCUAUUAGACACUACUGGGGAUCUGCAGAGGUUCGCUACAGGGCCUGGUCAGAUGUAAUGGAAAAUAAUGCCCCCAAUUACCUAUAUAGCAAGAUCCCAAAUGAAGUGAUAAAAGAAUCACUAUCUGGUGCCUCCACCUCUUCUGUAAAACACGUUGUUCUAGAACAAAACAAAAUUUUAUUCCCUGCGAAAUCAGUGGUGCCACCUGGCAUUAAUUCUGUGGCUUUAGUCCCCGAGGGACACCCAGCUCUAAAUUGCAAAAGCCCUGUCCUGUUGAAUCACAGUUCUUCCAAGGUGUUUCUCCCCAAGAAUGUGACCAGUGGGAACCUAACUGCCGGUCCCCUUCAAGGCUGUUGUAACAAACCUGUCUUUAUAAAGCAUGUGAUAAAACAAGAACCGAUGACUUGAUGCUUCUGUAAUGGAACUGAUUUCAAAUGAAUUGCUAAAAUGGAAAAAUUAUCAGAUUUGUUUUUUCACUUGGUCUGCUAAAGAAAUUUCUUAUGGUCUAGUUAAGCAAGAAGAAUGCUGUUCACAUUCAUGAUGUGAGCUAUGGAACAGAAACAAACAGAGCGGGGCUUGGAGUUUGUAUGACUUUUUGUGGCAACUGGGACUCUUUAGGUGGCUGAGCAGAGCUAUUUUAAAAAUACUAAAGGGAAAUAUUGAUUUCCAUUUAGCUGAAGAUGUGCUUUCUUCGCUAAGAGCGUGGGUUUUAUAUUUUGUGAGGAGUGUAUUUAUCAUACCAUUUUGUGCCUGCUGGCACUAAUGUAGCAUCUUACAAAUCAAAUACUUGAUUACUGAAGAGCACCAAGAAGGUAGAAGCUGAAUUAAAUAGAUGCAGAUGCACUACAAAUAUAUACAUAUUCAUGAAAACACCUGGAAUUGCUUGACCACUGUUGCCCUCUGUUCAAAUUGUUAUCACACCUACCAGAGGAUUGUACCUUUAUUUUUCUUUUUUUCCAUUCCUCUAAAUUGAUUCCUCUCUGUGAGCUGCAGAUUUGCAUUGCAGGUCUUUCCUUUUCCUAUUUAAUAUUUUGGCUUAAGAUUUCAGUUAUUCCGUUCUCCAAAGGCACCGUUUGAUACGCAUGGUAUUAAAAUUAGGAUCUCUUCAGUUGUGCAUGAAACGGGGAAAACUCUCAAAAGAGCUGGACAGGUUUGUUGCUUAAAUGCCAGGUAAUUAGAGUCCAAGUGUUGUCUCUGUGCAUGCGAAAGGUUUUUUUGUAUUUCCUCUCACCCACACCUUCAUUACAUUUCACAUCAUCUUUGCAGUAUAAUCUAUGUCAGUAUAGUAUAAUUAAUGAGAAGUAUGUCCUGUUCUUCCCCACUGAACCCUAUCCAGAUAUUUUUUUUUGGUUUUAACUUCUUCAGAGUAGUAAAUUGAUCCUGUCAUUAAAUUUCUCAUAGUCUUUACAGAUUAGAAAUUCUCAGGAUAGUGAAUAUAGGAAUAAUAAUUUUUGUCAGAGAUUCUAACAAGUAAGAGAUCUUCCUGUAAAUAAAAACAGAAAACUGAUCAUAGGAAUCACAAGUUAUGGUAGGUCCACUUUGGAAGAAGAAACAGUGGAGUGUUUAAACUUUUCCAUUAUAUUAACUGAAUGAAAUAAGAAUUGCUUUGUCCUUUUCAAAUGUGUGUACACACGUGCACCACAUGGUUUAUCACGCUAAGGACUUCACUGGAAGUGUUUAUGUUGCUCAGCAAUGGACAAAAAAGAGAAGAAUCUCAGCUGAAAUGACAGAUUGACCAUGAUAAAUUCUUUAAUUCUGUGGAGAACUUCCUUGCUGGCAUAGGCUUUCAAAUACUAGAUGAGAUUUAUCGCUCUAUUAUAGUGUAUAGUCUACACAGACACUGCUAUAGUCUGCACAGAGGGCUUGAUGCCUGAACUUCUGAGUUUUUAUCUUGGCUGCUAAUGUUUGCCUUUGUGGCCUUGGGUAGGUUACUCAUACUUAAUGCAUCCAUUUUCCAAAGUGUAAGACUAGCACAAUCCUCCAUUUUCUGAUGGAUCAUGUUAACAAUUAAAAAGUUUUAAAAGUUGUGUAGUCAUCUCGUGUAUUAUAUUUACAGUCACUUUUAUUUGCUGCUGUUACAAUGAUUGAGAUCAUUGAUCAGAUGUAAUUGUUAACACAAAAAUUAUUUCUGCACAGUCCUGUACUUCCUUAGUUUCAACAUUAACUUACAGCAUCAAUGGCUAGAGGAAAGAAAGCAUGGAUCCAGAAUUAUAAUUUUGUCAAACCUAAAAUAAAUAGAAAUGGUAAAGAAGUAAUCCUUUCUAAUGGCUAGAUAGAAGAAAUAGUGAAAAAACGAAGGGCAAAAAGUUCUUACAAUAUGCAAGAACUUAUUCUAGAUAUAUAAUCUAGGUAUGUAUUUAGGGUAACACAGAUUUCCAAAUUUUAGGGAUUCAUAGAAUUCAUAAUUCAGCCACACUGGCAAUUUUAAUUUCUUAUUUGAAGAAAUUCACCCUAAACUUUCACCCGGAUGUAUUACUUUCCACCCCAAAAAAUACUCCUGUCUUUUGCUCAGGUAGUUGCUUCUUCCAGCAUAUUGGCAUUGUACAUUUGUCCUGCAGAAACAAGUAAAGUAUGUUGCCAGAAGACUAUUCUUUUUUGUUCCCUCUUGCUGUGUACUGUGGUCAUACUGAGCACAUGCCCUGCUCUGGUCCUAACUGUAUCUGGGUGACUUACUGUAACAGCAUAUUGCUGAUGGCUUCGUUCUUNUACAAAUCUACUCAGUGAUUGAAAUAGAAAAAGAGAAUAUUUGGCCAAUUUUGGCAUGUCUCUGAUUCUUUUUGAUCAUCAUUUGGCUUCUAACUUGACUUCCAUUCUGUUGGCAUAUAAUUGGGUAUUUUUGGAUUCUCAUUUGUUAAAUUCUAAUUGUUGGCACCAACUAUACAGUGUCCUCUUGCUACCUUCAGUUUGAACCUGAUACUUCAAAGCUACUGACUGCAGUAUUACUAGCUUCUGGUUUUUUGUAUGGGAGAGGGUUUUUUUAAAUGAGAAAAGUAUUCCUAGUUUGAGCUGGAAGUAUUGCUUCAUAAGAACUGGGGUCAUUGUUCACUAAGCUUUCUGUUAAUAUUCGAAUUAAUUCUUAUUAAUGGAACAUGUCUUCCAGAACUGAAAAAUCUUUCUCCUGCUUCCCCUCCCACCUAAAGUGUUAAAUGAAUCUUUCCUACAUGUAUUUUGUUUCUAGAAAAACUGAAGCAGACAAACAGAAUGGGUGUGUUGCUGCUUUUGUAAAGUCAAUUUUGGGUGUGCGUACAGUAAUACUGGGAGCAGGGGGUCAAGUUUCAAGUCAGUUUUAUUCAUUGCAGUACAGGUUAUGCUUUGUGAACAUCAUGAAUUGUAUCAAAAUGGACAUGAAUUGUACUCCUCAGUCACAGUAUCAGCAGAGAACCUCAAACAGCAAGAUAACAGUUUCCUUUUUUCCUGUUAUUUUCCCACUAUAAGUGAACAUGGUUGAUGAACCACCCGGUUAAGUACAGUUUGUUUAUCUAAACUUAAAUUUAGACUUUGACUGUAAACUUGGUGCAAAAUUGUUAAUCAUCAUUUAAAAUUCACUUUAAAAAUCUGAAUAUAACAAAUAUUCUUUGAAAGAAAUUUAUCAUCUAUCACUCUUGAAUUUUCUAAUUAGAUCUUUCCCUAAAAUAAGACUAUUUCAGUUGCCAAAAAAAACCCCCAGCACUUAAUCUUGCCUAAAUCAACUGAACUAAUUUUUAAAGUACUGGCAGCUAUGUUAUUGAUUAAAUUCCAUUUCCCUUGAUGGGGAUGACUGAAAACAGUGGGGAAUGACUGGAACCUUAAUAAUACAUCCAUACAUUUAGGUUUGCAUCUCAUUUUCAUAAUUCAACUUCGGUACUAGUGAUGUGAAUCUAGGACUUGUUUUCUGUGUGUUUUCCUCUUAAGUUUGAAAAUCUCGGCUGUUACUUCAAGGGGUACCCUAAUUACUUUUUGUUUUUAUGAAUUUGGCACAAUAUCUGAGAGUAUGUUAAAUUUUCUUUAAUCUAUGCAUCUUUUCUGUACCGUGUGAAGAGCUCCUUUGCACAGUGUCAAAUACUUGAAGGCACUGAAAGGAUGCUUUGAAAUUGAAUGUGUUUUGAGGUUUGUUGUGGGUUUAGUCUGGUAUAUUUGGUUAUCCUGAACUGUACAGUUUCUCAGUAAUUGCUGUUUAGGGGUCAGUAUAGUCAGAGUUUCCAGUAAGCAGCUUGGAGAUAUGGUUUUGCUCUACGACUGUUUCUCCUUUUCUGCAUUCCUCUGUUUCUUGCUCCAAGAGGAGUGGCCACAGGGAUGUGGGAGGGGGCAUCUUACUAUGUUUGUAUUAGUCUUUUAUUUUCACCUUUUCCUGCAUACACAGAAAUUUAAGAGUUGUUAUUCAGUCCCAGACAUUUUACCAACAGCCAUUCCAGUGCCUGGGGUCCUAGAGUUGCAUUUCUGAAGACAUGACAAGUACUUUUAAUGUAUUGGGGUAAAUAUUAUUGUUACAGAGGCAAAGGCAUCUUUAAUUAUAUAGCAAAUCUUUAGAACGGUUUUUCAAGUAUUUUAGUAUGUAUCCCAGUUAUAGAUACAGGAUUUAUAUAUAUUAUAUAUAAUAUAUAAAUAGAGCUAUGGUAUACUGAGAGAAUCUAUGAAAACAGCUUUUAUUAUAUUGUAACAUAAAGUAAGAGUGAACAAAUUUGAACAGUAUUGGAUGUGGUAAAAAUGGCUGGCCUAAGUCAAUCUUCAAGAGUGAUUGCAUCAUAUUUAUUAAAGCACCAGGUCAGGUGAAUAGUCUUUUUUUCCCCUGUUUCCUACUCCAGGUGCACCUUAUCCUCUUAUGGAGUAAACCAUUUUUUCAGUCUAAAUUUAAGCUGUGCAUUUCACUUUUCAGCUAAUAUUAGUUUUUUAAAUUGAAGUCUGCAAUGUGCUAUCCAUUUCCUGUUGUUUUUGACAUACCUUGAUUUGUUUGGUUGAACUACAGUUUUAAUUUAAGCUUUUUGCUGACUGUUGGAAAUUCAUCUGGUAAAACGUUAAUAAAGUACAUUUAUAACUCCUAUCCCCUUACUUUGCAAUGUGUAUUAAACUCUGUGAAUGUCUCUUCGGAAAUGUGAGCAAAGUAGAUAUGUCAGCUUACAGUUUAUAAGUAGCUAUUAAUUCUAUAUUGUUGUAGCAUUAUUGAUGAAUAUGUUUCCUUGCAUUUCAUGGUUUUGUCAUUGAAAAUAAAUAUAUAAGUAUGUAUGUAAAAUGGGCUACUUGACUUUUGUCUCUGACCCUGGGGUUAUGUUUAUGCUGUUUAAAAUGCUACUAGCUCUCAUCUGCAAGGUGGAACCUUUGCCUGAGGCUAAUUAGAAAUCUAAAUUAAAAGAUGUUACCAGGAUAUCAUGUAGUUGAAUUGGAUGACUGUUUUAAAGAACAAAAUUAAGGUGAAUCCAUUCUUGUAUGACUUUUAAAGUGAUUCGUCUUUCCCUGCAACCAUAUCUGUGUUACCUAAACCACCCCCAGCUAUUGAGAGCAGCUUUUAAUAAAUAAACAUACUUGUGUGUUGUAGGCUUAUUUGGGGCCAAAAAAUUGAGAAAAAUAUUAAAACAAUCUAACUGAUUA